GUGGCCCCGCAGGCGGACGCCCUGCCCCCCCUGCAGGAGCGCGGGCCGGCCGCGGAGCCUCCGUUCGGCGAGUGCCGGGGCAUGCGGCCAGAGCCGCCGGGCGAGGACCGCAGAGCAUCCACGGCGUCCAUCAGCAAGUUCCGCAGCCUGCGCCACGAGGUCGACGCCGAAAUCGGCGACAUCCAGGCAGAGUCGACCGCGGAAGCCAGGACCGUGCGGCGCGUCGCCACCCACCAGCCGAGGUCGGCCACCCUGCCGCAGUCGGCCCGUUCGUCCUGGCCUCAGCACGGCAGCUGGCGCCGGGACGUCUCACCGCUGGACGACGCGGCGGGGGAGGCACCCUUCGGGGUGCCAGGAUGA